UCCCAUAUUCCUACCCUUAUCCUUAAUGGUCCGUUUCAGCCUGUCCGCACGCGUCCGAGACCUCACAUUUUGUGGUACCUGGUACAACAUCACACCACAGCAUGUCUUUGAACUCUGAUCCACGCCAUCGCGCAACCACAUCGCAAAAUUCCAUUACAUCGCCACUCGCACAAGCUCCUAAAUUCACCCCACCGUCACAUCCGCGACCUGCUCCUGCCUUCCGCAGGCCGCUCUCCGAGGCAUCAGAUCAGUCCAACCGUCAUUCAGGCCCAACUAUUCGCAUUGUCGACGAUCCUGGGAACGACGUAUACGACAAAUUUCCAUUGCCCAGCGAACCCUCGCAAAUCCUUCCACCUCCUCGAAAUGCGCCAGGUUACGCGUUCGAGACCCCAGGAUCUCGUGUUUCAAGUGGCAGCCGGGUUGCCAAUGCCCUCGCAAAGUUCGAAGCCAUCGGUGCCAGCAGCACCCUUGCUCCACAGCCACCCUCCUAUCGUCCAAAGAACACUUUCAGACACUCGGUGUCGACUAACACGUCUGAGGACGACACCCUUGUGGGAACUUUCAACUCGCGAUCCUCCCUGAGAUUUUCCCAAGGAAGCACACCCCCGUCCUCGCCUGGUCAAGCUGAAUUAAAGGACUUUGAAACAGGGCUGGAAGUACUAGAAGAAGAAACAACUCCUCCUGCUAGAAGAUCCACUAUACGCGCUGUUCCACCUUCAUCGUCCGGUGGUGAAUCAGUUGCAAGUCGUACUCGCGCCUUAUCGCCUCAGGAAUCUGUUGCAUCGCUUGCCUCAACCAUACCUGCGGCCUCACCCACCUCGCCUAGUAAUGCCGACCGAAACUCGACGGGUGUCAGUCGACCGUUACCGAAAGAGCACACCCCGUCUGCCGGAUCUGAAGACGGACGGCAACAGGCUCUCGAUAGUGACUUUUCGCAUCGACAACUUGUAUUGAAGCCAUCCACGGAGUCGUUUGCAUACUCUGACAUUUCGUCUACUAGCAUCGAACCGAAACAGCCUACCUUCUCGCCAUCGCCAACUAUUCAUGAAGCGAGUACAGCCACUUGGGCAAGCGGGGUCAAAGUCAACUAUCCGGUCGUACGCGCCCCCACCGCCAACAGUCAGCGGGCCGAGUCCCAGAAUACACCGAACAUUGCAUCCCGAAUGCUCGACCGCGGUCUGGCGCACAACUGGAGCUCCCAGCUCUCCACUAUCGCCUCCGUUUCUGAACGCGACUCUCGGUCACUUGCACGUGGAUCACGAUCGUUCAGCCCAAGAUCGCAGUCAUCGGACAGUUAUGCAGAAAGAAGUCAGACGCAUCUGCCGAGGAGGAGAGGGCAGACUGUUGGAAGCUACAACUCUUCGUCAGACAACUACUCAUCCGAGCCUUCAGAGUCGGCAGUUCCCCUGCCACUGUUUUCGCCGCAAUUGCAACCGUCUAGCGAGUACAACGAGAAGAGCUUCGGAGAUGAGGAUCUCGACACAGUCUCACCACUACCCCCAUCCAACACAAUUCGCAUGAAGAACUCAGGAUAUCUCCGAAGACAAAACAGCGAGACAUCACUAAACUCGUCGCGACCAGGCUCGUCACAGUCGGAUGUUUCCACGUUCAAUCGCAGCAUCAUCCCAGCAUGGGCGAGGGCAUACUACCAACGCGGUGAACGGAUCUCAAUGAUACCUGCUGCUUCAGAAUCGUCUGGCAGCAUACGACUGGGAACAUCACACAGCGGUCGCACCCACACUCCUUCCGAAAGCAACUUCCCAGCGCACAUCUACCGCCCACGCAACCGACCACACAACCGCGGGUCACACGCCGACACCAUGUCGCUAUCUUCAGAACAGCUGAUUGACGAGAAUGGCUACGCGACCGGACCUCAUAUGCAGCCCAUCAGUGGUUGGUCAACGCCACACCUUCGUACCGAUAGGCGCGGUUAUCCUCGCUACAGUUUCUGGAAGGCACCAUCGAUGGACAGCGAUUUCGGCAAGCGACCCUUCAGCCGACAAAACAGGCAGAUUCUCCUUUUCACGUUGGGAUUCAUCUUCUUCCCAGCAUGGUGGAUCGCCUCCUGCUUACCGCUGCCAUUCGACCCGUCUUUGGUACAGAACGAGAGUCAAGUCGACUUCGAGCAGCAGUACGCCCAGCAAAUCGCGACCGUAGACGACAAGGCAUAUCAGAAAGCCAACUGGUGGCGCAAUUUGAACAGAGUGAUGUCAGGGGUUGGAACGCUCCUAGUUGGCGUCAUAGUUGCACUUGGCAUCCUGGCUUCCAGGAUGUGAUUGUCUGCUUUCUAACUCGCAAACAACAUCACCAAUCUACAACACAUCCCCCACGAAUCUCUCUGUCAUAUCGCCACUACCUCUCCAUCGACUAUACCCGCCAUUUCGAACCACUCUCGAUAACGACCGAC